AUGUGUGGCAUUGAUGAGGAGUCUAAGAAUCAUUCUCUCUUCGAGUGUUCAUUUGCUGCUCAUCUAUGGCAGAACUUUUGUGGGUGCUUUGGAGUUAAUUGGCCUGGUUUUGAUGGUAUUGACCGCUUGAUGGCUUGGUGGAAGGAUCAAGCUUCAAAGCUCUCUUUUAAGAGUGUAUGGCUGAAGGGUUUUGUUUUAGUUCCUUAUUUCUUGUGGCUGGAAAGGAAUAGAAGGAAAUUUGAUGGAGUGGGUGCCUUUGCUGAUCAAUUCUUUGAUUUGUUAAGAAAGGAUAUUAGCUCCCAAUCCUUGGUGCAUUCAGGUUCACUUCUAUCUGUUAUGGAUCUUCUAAAUGCUAGGAGCUUGGGUAUUUUAGGUGUAAGGCAUAGGCACCAUGAAAAUUUUGAAAUAUAUGGGUGCCCCCCUCAAUCAGGCUGGGUUAAACUUAACACCAAUGGAUGUUCAAUUGGUAACCCAAGAAAAUCUGGUGCAAGGGGUGUUCUAAGAAAUGAGAAGGCCAAGGUAGUGGGAAACUUUCGAAAUUUCCUAGGAACUCGAACAAAUCUUCAAGCAGAAUUCUUGGCUAUAAUGAUUAGUCUUGAGGUGGCGCAAUAA